AUGUUCCAAUACCCGAUAAAAGAAUGGUUACCAACCAUCCCAAUCUACGCAGCAAUACUCGCACUCACCAUCCUCAUAUACUUCUCCAAACUCGUGCACUUCUACUCCAACUCCCACAAAAACCAACUCCUAAACGCAAGUCAAGAACUAGCAGUAGUAACAGGUGGAAGCGGCAUAAUCGGCAGCAAAAUCAUCCUCUCUUUACAAAAAAAGGGUAUAAAAACAAUAAACCUUGACAUCACACCUCCAUCUCCAUCUCUCUCUGAAUCUCAAUCCCAAUCCCAAUCCCAAUCCCCUUCCUACUUCUACAAAACAGACCUCUCCAACCCCCCCUCAAUAGCCUCAACAGUCUCAAAAAUUGAAAAAGAACACGGCCCCCCAACAAUCCUAAUAAACAACGCCGCCCUCGUCAAUCCAACACCAAUUAUAAACUCCACCACCACAACCAACACAACCUCCAAAGUCCAUAAAAUCUUCAAUACAAAUAUCAUCUCGCACUUCUAUCUACUAGAAGCUUUUAUGCCUGAUAUGCUAUCGAAUAACCACGGACAUAUCGUUACGGUUUCAAGCAUGGUUGCGUUUAUGGGUGGAGCGUUGAAUGUGGAUUAUGCGUGUACGAAGGCUGGGUUAUUAGCGUUACAUGAGGGGUUGAGGGAUGAGAUAAAGAUUUUGUAUGGGAAGGAUGGGGUCCAGGCUACGAUUGUUCAUCCGACUUGGGUUCGGACGCCUGUGACUCAGGAGUGGGUGGGUAAGGGAUUUCUUCCUAAUAAGAAGAUUAUUGAGCCCGAGGAGGUGGCUGAUGCCAUUGUGGGACAGAUUAUGUCUGGGAUUGGGGGGCAGAUUAUUUUACCUAGUGAUUUUGCGGGAUUGGUGCUUCCUUUUGUGAGGGGGUUGCCGUGCUGGAUACAGGAGAAGAUUCGAGAUCGGGCUGCGAAGACUUUGUUAAAGUGUACAGAAGGAAAGUAG